GCAUGCCUGUGUUUUACACUCCGAUCCCUCAGAAUCUAAGAGUGGGUCUGGCUAACGUCAGCGGCUCAGUGUUUAUAAAUAACAGGACGCGAGACAGCGGUGACUUCAGGGACCCUUAUCAGGAUAAUGAAGUGUGUGCUGAGGUCUCGUCUCAUCUCCUGCUGCAGAUGCUGCUCUACUUCAACAUCUUCUACUUUCCCUUCUGGUGGAUCUCUGAGGUGCUGAUGCUGCACUUAAAGUUCUGUUACCUCCCAGUGUAUUACCAGUGUCUGCUGGUGACAGGGAUGGUCCUGAUCAGCAUAUUCGAGGUGUUGCGGGUGUAUCUUGGUUACGUUGGGAAUCUCAAAGAGAAGGUUCCAGAGUUGGCUGGAUUUUGGCUGAUCUCCCUUCUCUUCCAGCUGCCUAUCCUCCUCUUCUUCAUCACUGAUGAAGACACCAUCAUUCUUCCUCUGGAGCGGGCCAUUCACUCCCUCUACCUGGCCUUCCUGCUGGGCGAGCUGCUGGCCUCGUUUCUCGCCCUGCGCGUCAUGACUCGCAAACUCGCCCAGCAGUUUCACAUGAGGCAGUUCGGCCCCGUCCAGGGUCUCCAUACAGCAGAAGCCUUGCCCAUGUUUGGACUGCCAUACGGGGGCAGGAGUGUGCUGCCUGUGAGAGAUAUUCAGCCUCACUGACAGAGAAUGCCCUAUAUCUGGUGGUUAAAAAUCUGGUCUUCCACCAGUGUGACCUGUCAUCAAUAAGUGCACUUUUUGUAAUAGCUACAGUAAAAGCAGGAAGAACAAUGAAUCUUGUUUUUGUAGCCACAACUUAACAUACUUUUUUAUACAGAUAUGUGACCCUGGAUCUGGUCUUAAGUAGCACGGGCAUAUUUUUAGUAAUAGCCAACAAUACAUUGUAUGG